CAGUGUCAAAGCUACUUUUCGCGAGAAUGUCUUGAAUGUACGAACUUCCUAGGCAGUGUUGCAUCUUCCUUCAGGCGUCAGGUGCUGUACGAGACUGUUUCAUCAUAUUGAAAGCUGCACAGUCCGAAGCAUAUAACAGAUCUAGAUCCAUGCCAUCCGCCGGCCUCGUGUCCUCUCGUGGCUGCGGGAUAUAUAGUACGGCCCAAACAUUGCUUUGCUUGGAAUGGGCUUAAGCCUCAGUCAACAUUAAUGUCUUCCUCAACGCAGGACCUCAUCCCACGAGUUUACUUCGGGACCACGUUCGGAGCGCUGUUUAUUGGGGUCAUCUUUGCAGCAAUUCUCUUUGGUCUAAGUAACAUUCAAGCUUUCGUCUACUUUCAGUCACACAAGGGCACGAAGGUAUUGUUCCCUAAGUUAGCCGUCGUCUGGCUUUGGAUAUUCGACACUCUGCACCUGUUCUUGAUAGUCCACUGCGUCUAUUACUAUUUGGUGGUCCACUACGCAGACAUCAGUAUACUCACAGAAAUGGUGUGGAGCUUCAAACUUCAAAUAGUCAUCGAUGUUGUAAUCAUCUACGGGGUACAUCUUCUGUAUUUUCAUCGCAUAUGGAUAUUCGCCAAGGGCCGAUCAAGAGUCCUCCCUAUAGCAGUGGGCGUAAUCGUAAUUUCGAGUUCAGGUGUUGGCAUCGCCCUUACUUGGGCCAUAUAUCAGUGUCAUAUGUUCUCGGAUCUGAUUAAAAUCGAGUGGGCAAUAUUUUUGGCUUUGGGCACGAUUACUUUCGUCGAUUUCGUGAUAGCAUCAUCGCUGUGCUAUCUCCUCGCUAGUUCCCGUACUGGAUUUUCCAACACCGAUUCUCUGAUAACAAGGCUCAUGGCUUAUAUUAUUAACACAGGCUGUCUGACGAGCGUGUGUUCACUGUCAGUCAUAAUUACAUGCGCAGUGAUGCCGCACAACUUCAUCUUCAUCGGCAUUGACUUUUUAGUCGCUAAACGUAUGACCCAAGGCAUUCUCAGAAUGUCGUGCUGACCACUGAUCGCUUUUCAGUAUACGUCAACUCGUUCCUCGCACUUCUGAACGCGCGAUACUACUUGGAGCCCGCUACAGAAACUGACCGUCCUGCGGAAGUCCAUGUGCGCCCCAACAUCUACCGCCCACUGGCAGAGCCGAACGUUAUGGCGUCCGAAGACGAGGAAUCCUAGGAAUCUUUGGAAAGCAUUUCAAACAUCCUGGCGAUGAUGUUAUGGUCCAUCUUACUCGAUCUACCUCGCCAUAUCGGCCCAUUGAAGUGACGAUGAAGAUGAAUUUCUUAUCAGUUUGAUGUAUCAAGUAUGCAUGUAUUAUGUAUCAUCCGCCUCUUCAUUGUAUUAGAUUAUUGUACAGGAACAAGAAUCUACAUAGUCCGUUAUACCUCCA